AUGAUCAUCUGGCUGAUAUUUUUCUUUUUCUGCCUCUCCUGCUGCUGCUGCUCUGUGGAGGGCCUCAAGUGCCGAUCCCAGGAGGGCCAUGGCGAGUUGGAGCUGAAAAGAGUUGUCCGCAGCUGCAUGCACCGCACUGGCAACAACAACAACAACAACAACAACAACAAUGGUAAUGGUAAUGGACAGGACGACAACGAGGACAACAGAGGCUAUGGGAGGACGGUACACCGGUACGAUUAUGGCCAGCAGGAGCCGGAUGGCAGAUCGAACAAUGGCUACAGGUGGCAGCGCAGCCUGAGGCAGUCGGAGAGCAGAAACAGCACAGAGGGCGCGGAGGGAGGCCAGUGUGUGGCGCAGUGCUUCUUCGAGGAGAUGAAUAUGGCGGAUGGCAAUGGCAUGCCCGAUCGGCGCAAAGUCAGCUAUAUGCUGACCAAGGAUAUGCGCGAUCGGGAGCUGCGCAACUUCUUCAUGGACACGGUGCAGCAGUGCUUCCGCUACCUGGAGAACAGCCGCAACAGGAGCAACAAGUGCUCGCAGUCCAGGGACCUGGUCAAGUGCAUGUCGGAGUACGCCAAGGCCCAGUGCGACGACUGGGAGGAGUACGGCAGCCUGCUCUUCAAUUAGGAUGGGGAUGCCGAUGCCACUUACGCCGCUCUUGAGGUCCUCGCAGCGCUCCAGGAAUCGUUCGUGGUUGUCCUUGAUCUCCCGGUCGGUGGUCUCCUCCACCUGAUAGAACACGCACUCCAGCUCCUGCUGCUUCUGGGCGUGCAUUGCCCGGAAGCCAGUCGAGUCCAGCUCCCAUUCACCCAGCACCGCCUGCUUGUCCUCCUCGUAGAUGUUCCUAAAGAACUCCAGCCGGCUCCGGUGGAUGUCUAGAUUAGAUUUGGUUUGCGAAUAAUGGGUCAGGGUUUCCCGGACACCAAAAAUACACACGAAUCUCACC